GAUCAUCACAGAGGGGGCGUAACUAUACGCAACAAACAUCUAAAGGAGAUAAGGUCUUGCAGCGGUGAUCGAGAGUUGAAAUUCCCUUGCACGGCCGUGAGAUAGAGUAUGAGCUCAGCAAGUCUUCUAUGAGAGACAGAGAUGGCAGCGGCUGUGGAUAGCAACGACGUUUGGCGUGUACAGAGCUCUGAUCUGGUACCAAUAGGAGGAGAGACUGAUGGCGACUACAAUGUCUUCAUUCGAGAGCUCAUCCCCUCACCAGGCGCAGGCAGCAUGUACGAGGUCAUGGAGCUGCUAGGGAGAGGUACUUUUGGGCAAGUGCUCAAGUGCUGGAAGAGGGACACCAAUGAAGUGGUGGCUGUCAAGAUUCUCAAGAAUGUGCCUUCCUACACCAAACAGGGACAGAUCGAGGUCAAUGUGUUGUCUCGAUUACGCAGGCACGGUGCAGAGGCCUUCAACUCUGUCCUCUGCUUAGAGAGCUUUGUGCAUCGGGGCCACAUCUGCAUUGUGUUUGAGAUGCUCCACUUGAAUCUGUACGACUAUCUCAAGCAGGGCGGAUUCCAGCCUCUCCCCCUGAAACAUAUUCGCCCCAUCGCUCAACAGGUACUCUGUUGUCUGGUGAAGCUAAAGGAGCUGGGAUUGGUGCAUGCUGAUCUUAAACCCGAGAACAUUAUGUUGGUCGAUCACGGGAGGCAGCCGUUCCGAGUGAAAGUGAUUGAUUUCGGCUCUGCCAGCAAUCGGACACACACCAACACAACCACCUACAUACAGAGUAGGUAUUAUAGGGCCCCUGAAGUCAUCAUGGGUUUGCCUUAUACUGAAAGCAUCGACAUGUGGUCUUUGGCUUGUGUGCUCACUGAGCUGUUUCUUGGUUGGCCUCUGUUUCCAGGGUCCAGUGAGUACGAUCAGAUCUCCUAUAUCUGCCAGAUGCUGGGUUCCCCUCCACUACAGCUGUUCAACAAUGCUAACAAAAGCAGUCGGUUCUUCAACAAGCAGUUUGGACAGUGGGCACUCAAGCCACAGAGACAGUUCUCUAUGGAGACAGGAAUCAAACCAAAGGAGACACGGAAGUUUGUAUUUACAUCCGUCUCUGCCAUUGCCCAGGCGGGUAGCCACAGCAACAAUCAGCUGACAGAGGAGAAUGUCAUCGAACAGUUUGAUCGUGUCCAAUUUGUCUCCUUGUUGGAGUCCCUGUUGAUCUUUAACCCGUUGGAACGAGCUCAUCCGGAGAACUGUUUGCAACAUCCUUUCAUAACCAUGCAUCACUUAAGCAUGUACACCAACUGUGUAUGUGUCCAAGAACUGAUUCAGUGUAUGCGAGUGUGCUGUCGGUCGUCUAACUCACACACCGUCACACCCUCACACCCCCUCGCAUACACUCCACCCCCUCUCACGUACCACGUCUCCGCACUGCCCAACCCUCCUCUCAGCAUGGUACAGGUGCCUCCCUCCUGGCCCCUAGUCACCGACUCUUAUCACUCAGUCAUCAACCAGGAUUUGAGGAGUGACUACCACCAACAGCUAGUUAACAAACUCUCAGUCUCUCAGCCACACCCCUCAUACACACACACACCCUAUGAGCUCUAUUGGAUGUUACCUCAAUAUUGGCUAAGUAAUCAUCGUUAGGGAACAUUUUCACUUGAUGCAACAUGUUUUGUGUUAAUGUUUGUUUCGCACUUUCAUCUAAUGGCACCACAACCCAGCUGUUAUUUGUAAUACAAUAAACUAUUAUUAUUAUAAUUUAUGUUCACAGAUCUAUGAUUCCAUGACGAUAUUUAUUCAGUUUA